ACGAGGCAGGGCUGCCGAGGAACGGCGCUUCAGUAGGACAGGCAGUCCUUCGGCUGACGGUCAACGCGAGCGAAAAGCCAGAAAAGAGCAGCAGCAGCAGCAAGGACUUGGGCAGCACGAAAAAUAGUGAAAUAAGGAUAACCAACAGAGCAACGGCAGCGGUACAAGCAACAGCAACUGGAGACCAACUGGGGAGCAACUGGGGAGCGGCACAGGAGUCAGGACACGAGAAAAGGACACAACUAAUAUCAGGAGCUAUAAUCACCGCACAUCGGCACAUCAGCACAUCAAUUUGCAUGUCUUCGUUCGUUUGCGCUGAAUAUGAAGUAAACAAAUACAUGAGCCACGCCAUAAAUGUCAAACUGAGGUGUGCCGAUUAUCAUGGCAAGCAAUGUACAACAACGGCAGCAACAUCCAUGCACCACAACUGAAGAGCCGAAGCACCAGAGAGCACGAGGAGCAGCCGGGCAGCACCAGGAGUCGGCGACGGCGACGGGGGCAUGCCAGCAGUCCUGGUCUAGUCACCAGCACCAGCAUCACCAACAGCAGCAGGAGGAUCAGGAGCAGGAGCAGGAUCCACAGGAGCCAGUGCAUCACCAGCGCAGUCAGGCACCGCGCCAGCACGAGCUACUGCACCACCAGCGCAAGGUGCCGCCGACGCUGCCGUCCGCCGCCCGCGGUCGUCUACUGAUCAGCGAGGGCGCCCGGCGGCGCGAGGUGCGCGGCUGCGGGGCGGGGGGCGGCGGUCUGCUCUGCUGCAGCCUGGACGCGCUGAGUCGUCCGGCGAAGCUACUGCAAUUCGGAGUCCUCCUGCUGAUCCUGCUGCUCGCCACGCAUGGAGAUCUUGCUCAAGCGGAGGGCAAUGUUGGCUGCCAGUUUGUUAGGACGCUAUGCAUACCGCACUCCGAGGUCUGCUACGAUGACAACAUAUUCGGCAAGUGCAUUCCAACCACCGGCGUCGACGUUGAGGACAUUGAGAAGACACCACUCACUGAGGAGCAGUCCCGUGUGCUGGCCACCAUGCUGGAGGAACUCCAGGGCGCCGGCCUAGGUUGGGACCAUCCGUACGUGCAGUGCCGCAUCCAGGGGUCACUAUUCUCGCUCCAGCGACAACAGCAACUUCCGCCGAAUCUCUGCGCGAACCUGGCGCCCACUCCUCCGGAGUUCGGCGAUCCGGCGAGUGCAUUGGCCUACGUGCGCUUCACGCCGCCGGAGCCGGAGGCCGAACUGGACUACUACGAGCAGCCCGGUGGUGCGGCGCAAUUCUAUCCGGCGUUGCGGAAGAAGCAGGUGCGGGAAAGCGAUGCGGACGAUCUGUACCUCAACAGGAUGCUGCAGGAUCGCCGCCGGCUGAGGCACGAUCCCUCGGAGCUGGAGCACUUCGGCAAGAUGGACGCGCACGGGCAGAGCACCCAGCUGGACGCGCCGAGCAUCAUGGACGCCUUUCUGGACACCGAGCGCCAGAGGAUCGAGCGCGAGCAGCAGCUGGCGGCGGCGGAGCAGGAUGCCGAUCGCCGGGCGGAGCAGAACCGGCUGGAACUGUACCAGAUUCUGGCCGCCUCCGAGCCCGAUCCGCAGCCGUACCAGCGAAAGCCGGCGGCGCAGCCGAACGCCAUGGACCAACUGGAGGCCAUUGUGGAGCAGCAGCAGCAGCGCGAGCUGAAGGAGCAGCAGGAGCAGCAGGCCAAGGCGCCGGUCUACGUGCCGCCCGAGGAGGUGAACGAGUCCAGCGAGCUGUACUUCCCGGACAACUUUGCCCCCUUCAAGAGAGCAAGGGGUCACUCCAGAGGGGGAUUGCCCGCGGAAGUGGAGCUGCCGGACGAGCAGCCCAAGCGUUCCUUCUUCCGCGAACUGGCCGGCGAACAGGGAUUGGUGCAGGAGCCGCCCUUGAGAUUCACCCAUGCGGCAGCCGAAGCGGACGCCACUCCCGAGCUGGUCAAACGCCGACCCGCGACCUUCAAGCAGCUGGUGGAUCCCUACGAUGUGAGCCUGCAGCAGCAGGAAAUGGCCUUCGAGUCGGGUCUGCUGCGGAACUCGCUAACGCCCCUCGAGGAGGAGGCCAUGCUGGCCUCCAACAGUUUCCCCCGGCAGGCGAAGAGCCAGCGGGUCUACACCGAGGGUGGGCUGCUCCUGAUGCCCCAGGAUGGCGAACAGGAUGGCGCCGCUGGCAUGCAGGCCGAUGAGCCGGAGAGCGUGAAGCAGUCGCUGCUGGCCAACAUGCUGGGAUUCGCGCGCCACGAACGCCUGGAUGUGAAGAAACCCGGACCGCUGCUAGGACCUCCGUCCUUGGGCUCCGCGGAGCUCAGCAAUCAGCUGGAGACGGAGAAGGCGCGCAAGCAGGAGGGCCAUGGCAACAAGGAGGUCCUGCCCGCCCACAUCAAGGGCAAUGCCGAGGACGAGGAUGCCCACAAGAAGAAGAAGGUCAUGAAGCAGCAGCACUCGGCCGAGGAUCAUGCGCCGCACACCGUAGACACUGAAUACGUGCAUGUGUUCGUCAAGAACCCGAUCGACAGUUGGAACGAUGGGCAGCGCAUCAUGAAGGAGCUGGAGCAAAUACUACACAUGCAGGGAUACUUUUCUUAUUUAACCGUUCAACAACACGAAGUCAGCUUCCGGGUGAACUCAAACAACCCCGAGCGCAAAACCGCCGGCGAUGUGGCACGAACGAUCAACGAGAACCGCGGCGUAAAGAACAACAUCCAGCGACGCGUCGGGUUCUACGUGCUGCACGCCGGCGUGGGUGAUGUGAUCAAGGACCUGCAGGACCCCAGUGUCUCGUCCUCGCGAAUGGAGCUGGCCGAGCAGGGACCCGACGUCACCCACAUCAUGGCCUACAUGUUCGCUGGCGCCGGCGCGGCCGCCGUGAUCGUGAUCUUCGUCACCCUGAUCCUGAUCAAGCGGCACGACCGCAAGCGGGACAAGCUGGGCGGUCUGCAGUCGGGCAUUGCGGGUGCGGAGACCUGCAGCAAGGACUACCAGGAGCUGUGCCGCGCCAGGAUGGCUGGCAAGGCGGGCGGCGGCGGUGGCAAUUCGACCGGCGGAGCUGCCGGCGGUGGGUCAAACGAACCGGCGCCGAGCGGACGGAUUACAUCGCUGAGCAAGGAGAACGAAGGUCGCCCGCCAUCCUCGCGUUCCAGCACAUCUUCGUGGAGCGAGGAGCCCGCACUGACGAACAUGGACAUCUCCACCGGGCACAUGGUGCUGUCUUACAUGGAGGACCACUUGCGCAACAAGGGACGCUUGCAGCGGGAAUGGGAGGCACUGUGCCGCUAUGAGGCGGAGCCCAGUGCUCGGGAGGCGGCCUCCCAGCCGCAAUGUGCGGGUCUCAACCGACCCGGAGCUCCCCUGCCCUAUGACCACUCGCGCGUAGUGCUCAACCACCUGGCCAACGCCGAAGGACUCGACUAUGUGAAUGCAUCAACGAUUACCGAUCACGAUCCACGUGCGCCCGCCUAUGUGGCCGCCCAGGGUCCACUUCCAUCGACCCUGGCCCACUUCUGGCAGAUGAUCUGGGAGCAGGGAGCCGUCGUCAUCGUGGCACUCUGCCGCCUCCAGGAGAACGGCGAGGUGGCCUGUGCUCGCUACUGGCCGGAAGAAGGUGCCGAGGUGUAUCACAUCUAUGAGGUUCACCUUGUUAGUGAACACAUUUGGUGCGACGACUACCUCGUACGUUCUUUCUACCUGAAGAACCUGCGCACCAGCGAGACCAGGACGGUCACCCAGUUCCACUUCCUCUCCUGGCCGCACAUGGGUGUGCCCGCCCAGGCGAAGGCGCUGCUGGACUUCAGGAGGAAAGUGAACAAGUCCUACCGGGGACGUCGCUCCUGCCCCAUUGUGGUGCACGGCAGCGCCGGAGCCGGCAGAACGGGCGCCUACAUCCUCCUGGACCUGGUGCUCGAGCGGAUGAACAAGGGAGCGCGGGAGAUCGACAUCGCCGCCACCUUGGAGCACCUGCGUGACCAGCGGGCCGGCGUGGUGGCCACGCGCCAGCAGUUCGAGUUUGUGCUGAUGGCCGUGGCGGAGGAGGUGCACGCCAUCCUGAAGGCUCUGCCGGCGAACACCUCCGGCGAGAAGCGGGAGCUGGACAAGGAUCCAGUGGUGGGCGGUGGCACUGGCGCUUCCAGCAGCAGCACCACCAAGGAGCCUCUGAAGGAGGACAAGGCGCAGGAGGCGGCCGAGGAGGAGGCGCCCACCAGCAGUUCCAAGGCAGCCGCCGCGGCCAAGAAGGAGAAGGAAAGGGAGAAGGAUAAGGAGGAGAAGGAGAAGCAGGCGAAGGAUCAGGCGAAGGUUGCCGAGCCGAGGACGCCAGCCAAAGCGGCGAAGCAGGCGAAGAAGUAAGCCAAUCCGAUCCAGGAUCGGGUUGAAGGUUAAGCCUCAGGUUAAUGAUUGUUGCAGCGUUUCGGGGGUCUUUUCAGUUCGUUAUAGUCAGUAAUGCAUUGAGUUCGCAUUCGAUUUUUCAUUUGGCGUGAGCACUUCGAUGCACUUCGCAGGCUUCACGAGAUUGUCAGCAGAAGGACAUUAUAUCUUCGGUUAUCUACACCGCGCCGAGGAGCACAACCACCGUCCGGGAUCGGGGAUCCCCCGGACGUGACACGCUGCCCCGGUCUGCACCAGCCCGUGAGACCCGGGGUGCGUCCAUGUGGGCGGAUUCGCGGACGGCGGAGUUGUGCGGCGCAAGCAACUAUAGAAACGCACGAUAUAUAUAUACAUAGCAUAUAUAGCAUAUUUGAGUGUUAAAGGAUUUACAAGAAUAUUUACAACCAUGCCAUAACUUAUAUUAUAUGUAUACAUGUCUAGGUGUUAAGCAUUGGAUUCAAUUAUGAGGCAUUUUACUUACUCGUACAUUACUCGAUAUCGAUGUUGGCAUUAAACUUAAACUCUAAUCGAUGUGCUUGAAAAACCAGCAAACGAACGACAACAAUCGCUGAACGGUAUACAUAUGCCAAGCCAGACAGAACUAGAACACGAAAAACACUGAGAAAAAAUCACUAGACACUAGAACCACUCUCACUCACACUCACACUUACACACAUCCAGAGACAUAUACAAGACAGACAUAUAUAGAAGAAAUGAAGAUUGCAAAAUUUGUACCUAACAAACAAAGUUCUAUUUACAACAUGAAACCAGAGAGAGUUUGAUGAGGAGCAACCUAUUGAUGUGUAUGACAAUUAAUUAUACAAGGAUAUAAUCACACACUUAACAAAUAUAUUUGUAUACAACAUAUAUUAUUCAUAUACAAUAUAUAUGGUGAAUGUCAUUAUCUAUCUAACCAGCAUGGUUAGCCGUGUUUUACCAGACCAUAUGUAUGUGUGCGAAGUCAAGAAAUUCAGAAGUUCAGUUAUCAAUCGCUCCUAAACGUAAGCUACACUUUUUACCCUUCGCAGUUGAUUACAUAUAUCACAACAACUACUCUAUUAUAUAUUAUAUCGUAUGCAUAUUAUGCAUAAUACAUUAUUUAUGUAUAUUAUCGAAGUAAGUACAUAAAUGUCAGAGGAACGGCACCGAAGCUCCAGCAACCGCCGGCCAGUCCGCUCCUCGGCCUUCAAUUCAUGAUCCAUGAUCUACUUCACCACCUGGGGCAGCUAGGGGUCCGGGGGGCGGAGGGGGUUACUGGGGGAGGUUGGAGCUUCGCGUGCCGUUAGAAGUAUGUGCCACAAACUGCAAAAUAUCACGGGAAAGACAAAAUCAAAAAAUCAAAAAAAAAAUAAAUAAAAAAAUAAAACGCCUAAGGCCAAGCAAAGCCUUGGAAUGCUGGAAAGAACAUCUCUAGCUCGAUACCUAUACCCCUACAUCCAGUGACGACCCAGAACGAACCCGGACAAACAGGAAACGAACUACGGAAUAUAUCUAGAUAACCACAGGAACCAUACACCAUACACCACACACCAUACACACCACACCGCAAGAUACAAAGAUACACCGACCAAAAGGCAAAGUUACCGAUUCAGGCACCCGACGAGAAAAAAUAUGCAAAAAAAACCAAAAAUACAAUCGAAAUAAGCUCAGAUUGAGGAGGACGUAAGUGCAAGUGCUGCAAAUUAGCAAAGAAAUAUUCAAAAAAAUUAUCAAUAAUUAAAUAGCAUACUUAACAGUUUUACGUAGCCGUUGAACUUAAGCAUAAUGAAAAUGAGUUAUCGUAGUUCGAAUUAUUCCAAGACGACAAAGAUAGAAAACAUUUCAGCUAAACGUAAGCAACAAAAACCAAAAAAAAACAUAAAAGAAUAACGACGAAUAUGAAAAAUUAUUAUCUCGACGCAAACUGUUAAUUUCUUAGCAUUUUUCCUUCGUUGAACACCCAGAACACAACUUACACUACACUACAAAUAAAAGCAAAUGAGAAAUCAAUAUUACAAUAACUGUGGCAAGUCCGAACAACAACUGGGGGCUUGCGAAAUGAGAAAAAAUGAUGAAGAAAAUGAGAAAAAUUAUUAACGUGGUAGAAAAAAAAGAAAUAACAAUUAUGAGAAUAGUUAAACUUAAUUGUUUUAGAGCAAAAUAUUUAGUAGUGAGUUUUUCGAUUGAUUUUCGAGUACUUGAAGCAACGUUUUUCAAAGUUAUUAAGAUACAUACGAAUACAACUACGACAAUUUCAAUUCAAAUGUUCUUCGACGAAACAAAUUAAAUAAGUGUACUAACAAGCAACGUAAAUGUAUCGUAUUAUAGUCAAUCGCAUAUAAAGGCAAUUAUUGAUGUAUAUUUCGACAUAACCAUAAACAUAAACAAAAACAUAAACAUAACGUGUUAAUGACAAACGAGGAAGAAACAACAACCAUGCGUAGAAAAUUGAAGGAACUUACAUAUAAAACAACCUAUUAUAAAAUAAAGCAUAAAUGUCUAACGGACUUUUUCAUUCAAAAGUAAAUUAUAUAUAUUGUAUGUAUAUGUAAAAUCGUACCUAUUGCGUGUAAGAGUGCCCAGUAUGCAAAAGGGUAGCUACACACACAAGUGAAGCAUUUCAUCAUUUCCCCCAAUCUAUUUUCAUUGAUGGUGUAACAUAGAUAUACAAAACAACCAACUAAUUUAUUAUUUCUGAGGCAAAGCGAAGCAGAAGAAGAACAAAUCGAAAGCAGCACAGCAAAAGCUGAUAGAACCCACGAGAGUUGGGUCACUCGAGUAGAUGCCACUGCCAUCUCGCCGGCACUCGACCUUCGACCUUCGACCUUCAAGGGGGCAUAGUAAGGAUGUUGCCGCGGCACUCGGAUCGGAGAAGAUCAGAGGAUCAGGUGAUCAGGAGAAAACGACCUACCAUAGACCGACCGACUGACUGACGCCACGAACCCAGAACGAGGCAUACAAAAUGGUUUGAGUUCCUAAAGAAACAUAACCCGACCACCAACAACAACAACCGGACGGAUUAAAGAGACCCCUCAACUGACCCGAGAACUGGCUGUAUAUACGCACAUCUAACUCCGGACUAGCAGCUACUCCCGACCAGAUACAGAUGCAGAUACAGAUGCAGAUACAGAUACAAACACUGAUCUGAUACCAAAACUGAUACUGAUACUAAUACGGAAAACUGGACCGAACUUAGCAUUAGGCCUACACAAUGAGAUUCACGUUGAGACGAGUGAUCGGAGUGCGGCAACUUCGGGCUCUGCUCCACCAAGGUGAAGAAGGGUCAGGUGGCUGGGACAGAUGGGCAGGUGGACAGAUGAGCAGGUGGACAGAGGAGGAGUCCACGACAUGCGACUGGAGAAACAGUCUGGCGUACAAAGUUAUCAGAGAGGCAACCAAACUUGAGUCUCAAUGUUCUAGCAGUUUUUUUUCGAAAGGAUUCAGUUUGGUAACCGCGGAUGAUAAUAUACAAAUACAAAUAAAUACAAAAACGCAAUUCAGGCAGCAAAAAAGUGGGGAAUAUUCGAGGCAUUGAGCAGCAAGACAUUGCUGUACAAUUCAAUUAGCCAUCGAGUAAGCAAAUCAAUAAAACAAAACGAGCAGGCUUUCAUACAUUUUUGGAAAACCAAAACCAAAAACCAAAACAAAUAUGAGAUCUGAUUAAACGAGGCAUUUAGCGAUAAGUGAAACAUUUAACAAUAUCGAUGUGUAUACAUAUGCUGCAUCCAAUAUAUAUAUCUAUUUAGCCACUUGGCAAAGAUUUGUGUUAUUAAGCAAAGAUGAAAAGCAAAAAUGAAAAAACUAAUAAGAAACCCAAAAAAAAGGUAAAAACCAGCAAAAAAUUAUGCUGGCUGAGGCCACUAAUAUCUAAAUGUACUGUAACUGAUGAAUCAAACAAUUAAAAAAAUUAAAAACUUAAAUGAUUAUUGAAAAUAAAUCAAGCAAGUAAAUACACCGAACACCGACACUCGAAGAAAAUAAAAGAAAAGAGAACAUGGAGCAUACCUAUUAAAGGUUUUUUGUGCAAAACUAAUUAACCUAUGCAAUUUAAGUGUUUUAAACAUACCAGUAAUGAGUAACAAAUGAGUAAACAUGCUACAAUUAUUUAUGAGAAUUAUAUAGCAACGUGUAUACCUACAUAUAUAUAUAUAUAUAUAAAUGUUAUUAAUCCAUUUGAAUUUACUGAGAACGAAAGAAAGAGGAUAUGCAUACCUAUAUCUAAAUCUAAAUGUACCGCGCCAUUGUGUAAUAUGCGCUACAAAUUCAAGUUUAAAUCACAAACAUAUUAUAUUCUGCUGCAUGUGUAAAUUAUAAAUAUAAAUGUAAAUUAAACGAUACCAGCAAAGCAAACCGAAAAAUGCGAACAAUUUUCGAUGAUAAACAGCAAGCAGAACAGAAUAAGGAGAUAACGAUGUAGAACCGGUAACAAAACGACUACUAUUAUAAUACCAAUCAAAAAAUAAUAAAGAGACCCUUAAACAAACGAAGCCCACCCACAGUACCAACCGCCAUCCAUUAGCCGAAACAAGCCCAUGUAGUAGAGUGUAGUACCUGCCGAACCCCUUUGGAGGCACACAGAACUUUUGGUUUACCCCCGGUCCCCAUACCCAGUGUCUACUGUAUCUGUACGUGUCUAGGCUACGAGUAAGCCAAAGCUUGGCUCCAAGUUUUGGCCAACCUAGCAUAUCUGUCAAUAGAAGCCAGCUUGUGCCGCAAGUUGGCUCUGAACAUCACUGUAACGAAACACCAAUCACAACUAAACUGCAAACUACCGAAUAGUCUUCGAAGGUACUGUAACUUACCAUAAUCUGUAGAGUUGCUUAGCGAAUAAUUAGUAGAAGCCUAUCUAACCAUAGAACACCUAGCGAAUCCUGGCACGCUUUUCUCAAUCCACUCAGUCCAAUUAACACGCAUGUUUUCCACUCCACACUUUCUCGCUUGUUUAUUAAGUUUUUAAUUAUCUAAUUAUUUUUAUAGUUGCAUGACUUCCUCCACUUCAACAAAUAAGGCAGAGUUUACAUUCAGCAAAUGGUUGUUUAUAGAUCAUAGGUAAAGUCAAAGUCAAAAUUGAGUGCAUUUGAUUUCCAUUUCCAUUUGUUAUUGACUUUCUAGAAAGCACUAGGUAAGCACUUUCAUAUGCAACAAAAAGUAAGUAGUUCGGUCAUGCAAAUGCAGUCAUAAGCAAAAUAAUCGGUUUUCGCACUGUUCUCUUGUUUAGACCAUUAAAUAAAUGCACUGGGAGAUGGAUUGUUAGACUCAGCGAAAGACCAAGCUACUAAGCUGGUUUUUCUCUAGUUAAGUAAACACACAAAUAGAUUACAAAGAAACACACUAAUUGUCACACGAAAAUGCCGAAAUACAACAAGCUUGUUCAAAAACCCCAGAGACAAUUGAACAAAAACUAGAUUUAAAGUGUGCUAGCAGCUUUUCCACACAUUUAACUUAACAUUGAAUAUUAAUUGGGUUUAAAGUGUCUAUGGAAUAAUCACAAUUGAAUCACACUUAAAAUGUAGAAAAUACGGAGAAAGCGCACCAAACCGAACGCAAGUAAAAAGUAAUCAUGCUGAUUGUUUUUUCAGUGUAUUUGCUCAAUCAACUUACUGCACUCGAAGAAAUGAAUGUUCCGUUUCACCAGGGACUUGGCUUUAUAGCUGAUCCACUUUCGAUCUCAGCAGAUGCGUCUCACAUGCGUUUAAAAUCCGAGAGUCACUACACAAUUGUUUCGUCUCAGCAAAGAGACCUGGCUCCUAAGCCAAUAGCAAAAUAUCUAGCGAAAUAACCACAGUUAAUCCACACUUGAAAUGUGCAAACUAUAUACUAAUCAAAUGUUUAUUCUAUGUGUGUAAAGCAAGCAUUAAAAAUCAACAAAAAAAAAAAUUAGAAAGCGCCAA